AUGAAACGAGCUCCUAAUCGCACACCCAAUAUCCAUUUUUUUGAUGAUAAGAUUAGAUCUUCAUAUGUAGCCAAAUUUUCCACGGAUACUGCUUCAAAUGUAUCUAAUCAUUCUCCAAGAAGAAUAGUAGCUGUCGGAGAUUUGCAUGGAGAUUAUGAACAAACCCUUAAAGUACUGAAAAUGGCAAAAAUUUUGGACGCAAAUGAAAGUCCGGAUUGUUUAAAGAUUUAUGAAUUAUUUGAUAGAUUGAGGCAAGAAGCGAAAGAAGUUGAUGGGCAGGUAAUAAACUUGAUAGGAAACCAUGAAAUAAUGAACCUUAUUCUAAAUUGGAUUUAUGUAACACCCGAAGACAUACGUUCCUUUGGUGGUGUUCAAAAUCGUAUUCACCAAUUUUCCUCAGAAGGUUACAUCGGUAACCUCCUAUUGAACACAUUUCAAAUUGCAUCAAUAGUAGAAAAUGAUACAUUAUUUGUUCAUGGAGGAAUUGAUCUUAAAUGGGCAAAAAAGGGAAUAGAAAACAUAAAUUCACUUGGUAAGGAAUUGGUUAAUAAAACGACAAAGAUGUUAA